CAGAGCGGUGGAGUGGCUUCCGUGGUUUCCUGGGACCCGGCUGCGGGGCAGAGGGCCUGGCUGCUAGGCACCCAGGGGCCCUCAGCACCAGCUUGAUACAGAACCUCUGGUAAAACCAUGACUCGAUGGGCCCGAGUUACCACCGCACAUAACAAAAGACCCUUGCCUGCAACAUCAUGGGAAGAUAUGAAGAAGGGGUCCUUCGAGGACAAGAGCCAAAACCUCCCAAAGAGUAAACAACGUGAAGCCAAUAGGCUGUCCCUUAAAAAUGAUGCGCCCCAAGCAAAACACAAAAAGAACAAGAAGAAAAAGGAGUACUUAAAUGAAGAUGUGAAUGGAUUCAUGGAAUACCUAAGACAAAACUCCCAGAUGGCUCACAAUGAGGAGACUAUAGCAACAAACAGUCAGGAAGUAAGGGAAGAAAUUGCAGUUGCUUUGAAAAAAGAUAGUCGCAGGGAAGGAAGACGAUUAAAAAGACAAGCAGCAAAGAAAAAUGCAAUGGUAUGUUUUCAUUGUAGACAACCUGGCCAUGGGAUUGCAGAUUGCCCAGCUGCCCUCGAGAAUCAAGAUAUGGGCACUGGAAUAUGUUACCGAUGUGGAUCUACAGAGCAUGAAAUAACCAAGUGCAAGGCUAAAGUAGACCCAGCUCUUGGUGAAUUUCCUUUUGCAAAAUGCUUUGUUUGUGGGGAAAUGGGGCACCUGUCCAGAUCUUGCCCUGAUAAUCCCAAAGGAGUCUAUGCUGAUGCUCUACAAACAGUAUGGAGGCCUGGGCCUGGAAAAACGCUCAAGUGUGCCUUUGAAUUUUGAGCCCGUGAAGCAGGUCCUGUAACAUGAUAAAUGAACGAAGAUGGUUUUGGGUGGUCAACCAAAAUGAUGAAAUAUUUUUUUAAAAAGUGCAGCAAGAAGAGUAUACUGCAUAGAAGCGAGAGGUUUAUAUUCUGUAGGGACAUUUUUUGAGUAAGUUACUUAACAUUAUGUGCAUGCUCAUGAUGACGCUUGACCAUUAUGCAGAAAACUCAUUUUAGAAACCACUCCUGUAAUGUUGCUUAAAGUAGGUACAUAGGCAUUUUAAUUAGGGCUAGAUAGGAGGCAUAGAAACAAAAGUUGAUUUUUAUUCCUUUCAUAACUGCUCACCUGCAUCUGACCUAUACUGCACAGCAGUGGUUUCUAACCUUUUUUUUGGGGGGGGGUGAAUUGGGGGGUGGUCAGUGAUCAUUGGAGAAUGUGAUAAUGACUGUGGACAUCCUUGACAAAUAUAUCACACAGAUUUUGCUCACAGGUUUAAGAGUUCACAAACCCUUGCCUAUCCAACCAUGGUCCAGGCUUCUGUGCAGUAGCUCUUGGACAUUCCAGAGGACAAGUGUCUUCUAUCAUACUUCUUCCCUCCUUCCCACUUCUCCCUGAAGGCCAGGUGCAACAAAAGGGUAGGCGCAGUUCAGUGCUCUGUGAGGUCAAGAGGAUGGAGAAUGCACUUAUCAAUAGGAAUGGUGGCACCCAUGGGUGUUCCUGGCUUCAGCUACCUUUGCAAUUGACAAGGUCAGGAGGACCAGCUAAGAUAUGAAAGUGCUUUGAGAUUUUAAGAGCCCCAUGUAGUGUGAGUGGUUUUCAAUGACUUUGUUCUUU